AGGUGGUGCUUGUGGUUAGACGCUGCUGGAGGGACCGGAGGCCUGUGGUGGUUUUGAUCCCGCGGACCGAUGUUUCGGACAGGCUGAGUUUUGACGUCGUCGUCGUCGGCGGCGGGUGGACAUCAGUGUGUCGGAACAUGUCUUCUUCAUGGCUCACUUGUUCACUUCUUCUGGGAACUUUGUGCGCAGGGUACAGUCUGGGCGAGGCAGAGACCCGGGAGUGCAUGUACUACAAUGACAACUGGCGCACGGAGAAGACCAACCAGAGCGGCUUUGAGCGCUGCGAGGGGGAGAAGGACAAGAGACUGCACUGUUACGCCUCCUGGCUCAACUCCUCAGGGACCAUCAAGUUAGUGAAGAAAGGCUGCUGGCUGGACGACUUCAACUGCUACGACAGGCAAGAGUGUGUUUCUAUGGAGGAAAACCCUCAGGUCUUCUUCUGCUGCUGCGAGGGCAACUACUGCAAUGAACGGUUCACUCACCUUCCUGACAUCAUCGGCACCGGCAACCGAGUGAAAAUCCGACCUCCACCCCGAGUGCCGUCCCUGCUUAACGUGCUGGUGUACUCGCUGCUGCCUCUGUGCGUGCUGUCCCUGGCUCUGAUUCUGGCCUUGUGGAUGUACCGCCACCGCAAACCUCCAUACGGCCACGUAGACCUUAGUGAGGAUCCAGGACACACUCCUCCAUCCCCACUGGUGGGCCUUAAACCUCUGCAGCUGCUGGAAAUCAAAGCUAGGGGGCGCUUUGGUUGUGUUUGGAAGGCCCAGUUAAUGAGUGAAUAUGUUGCUGUGAAGGUCUUUCCUGUUCAGGAUAAGCAGUCGUGGCAGAAUGAGCGGGACAUCUUCUUGACUCCUGGAAUGCAUCAUGAAUGCCUCCUUCACUACAUCGGUUCCGAAAAACACGGAACCAACCUGGAGAGUGAGCUGUGGCUCAUCACGGAGUUUCAUGAGCGGGGCUCACUGACAGACCACCUGAAGGGUAACCCUGUGUCCUGGAGUGAACUGUGUCACAUCGCAGAGACCAUGUCCCGUGGCCUGGCCUACCUUCAUGAGGACAUCCCCAGCUACAAGGGAGAGGGUCCAAAACCCACUAUUGCUCACAGGGAUUUCAAGAGUAAGAACGUGAUGCUUCGUGAUGAUUUAACUGCUGUUGUUGGAGACUUUGGGCUCGCUGUGCGGUUUGAACCAGGAAAACCUCCAGGAGACACUCAUGGCCAGGUUGGUACGAGGCGUUAUAUGGCCCCAGAAGUGCUGGAGGGAGCCAUCAACUUCCAGCGGGACUCCUUCUUGAGGAUAGACAUGUAUGCCAUGGGCUUGGUGCUUUGGGAGCUGGUGUCCCGCUGCUUAGAGUCCGACGGUACGAUUGGCGAGUACAUGCUGCCGUUCGAGGAAGAAAUAGGCCAGCAUCCCUCCCUGGAGGAUCUGCAGGAUGUGGUCGUGCAUAAGAAGAUGCGUCCAGCCAUCAAGGAGUGCUGGCUCAAACAUCCUGGUUUAAGCCAGAUGUGCGAGACCAUCGAGGAAUGCUGGGACCACGACGCCGAGGCACGAUUAUCUGCCGGCUGCGUCGAGGAGCGCAUCGGCCAAAUCUCCAGAAUCAUCAGCAGCACUACCUCAGACAUCCCCGUCUGCAUCGUGACGUCUCUCACCAACGAGAACCUACCUCCCAAAGAGUCCAGCACCUGAUCCGGGGGCGACACCAUCCUUUGUCUGAACUCCUGACCUUUUUUCCCUCAUUCUUUUAAACCCCAAACUCAGCGGAUCUCCAUGAAUAUUUAAAAAAAGAAACACAAACAACUAGCAACUUGAAUGCAGCUGCUAUUUUAUCCCAAUACUGGUAUAUUUUUUUUUCUUCAGUGUUUUACAUCAGAUCUUACUAACACAUCCGUCUGCUGUAGUUCUGUAGUAAUAAGCUAUGCGAUGGACACAUCUGAUAACCCCCGUGUGUCAAAUCUUAAAUGUCAUCAUUACCUCAUGUAUUUCUUUGGCGUUAGUCCUUUUUUAACGACCUCAUUAGUUCCCGUGUUCUCGGUCAUGAUUGUCCGUGGCCAAAUGUAAACAAACCUCGGAGGAACCCUUUUGAGACUGUUAGACAGAAAUAUCUAUAUUCAUCUUCCUCAGGGGUCAAAGCUUCUCGACGUUGAAACUCAAAUGUGCAAACGCCUCCAAAUGAUAACGAGAGAGAAGAGAAACCGGAGCACAGUUUGUUUUAUCGUACGCGAAGGAGCGGAAAUGGAAGUUGAACCGUUGAACUUUUUUGUUUGUUUGUUUGUUUUUGAAGAUUCGGGACGAGCGUCUCGUCCCCCGGGGAACUACCUCUCAGGUAUCCAGUAGGUUUCUUUGGAUCAUCGUCUCAAAAUGUUGAGAACCAAGCUAUCAGGCUCGCUAUCACGGACAUAUUCCUGGAUUAUUUUGUUUUCAAUGGAAGAAAUUCAAGAGUUACUCCUUCGCCAGUGCUGGGGGGCAUUGAUGGAUGCUGUCUGGAGUUGCUAUGUUACACAUUUUUUUAAAGAUUUUUAUGUAUGUGCGUGCAUGUGUGCGUGGGUGAGAGCGAGACGUUGAAAAUGAAAUGAGAUUGACGGAGAGUGUUUUUAAGUCAAAGAAAAAGUAGGAUUUUUAUCCUUGUGAGGGCCAUACUUGAUGUUAGCAACAUGUCUUUUUUUUUUUUUUCUUCUCUAGUUUUCAUGGGCGUUUGUUCACUAGACUCAGUUUGGACACUAGUCCCCCCCCAGUCCCCAGUCCCCCCCCCAGAUACCUCAGUCUCACUGUACGUCAUGCAAGGAGAGCUCAGAUGGUUGCCUUUGUCUCAAAAUGCAAAUGCCAUAGUUGUACCAUAACACCAACACCAUACAUUGAAUGUCUGUUAUGCUGCUGUGACUAUUCCAGGAUACUCAAGGAUAUAAAGAUGUACAUGUAUUCUCUGUUAAUAUAACGCUAACAUGUGAUAAGUAUCCAUGAUAUUAUUUGAGGCUAAUAUUCACUUGUUUUGUUUUGUUUUUUGUGCGUGUUUUUGUCGACUGGGUAAGCCCUGAGCUGCUUACUCCUCCAGACUGACCUCAGAUAUUCUGACAAGUACCUCAGGCUUUUUUCUACAUGUAUAUCGAGUUGUGUUAUGUAUUUUAUUGUGUUUUUAGUAGUUGAUAUAUUUUAUUGCCAGUGUUUGGCCUCUUUGUCUGUGGAGUUUCUUUUCUUUGAAAUAGAGCCUGACCAGUCGGUGCAGUUUUAAUGCUGUACAAAACCUAAAACAAGAGAGAGGCAGAAUCUUUGUAAAUAGACAUGUAUACACACACACACACACACACACAGUGAUUUGUUUUAUUAUUAUUAAAUAAUAAGAUAAAAAUCAGGGCAUUACAGUUCUCAGAAAGGGAUUUCUCAGUUCUACUAAAGUAGCCCUGUGAUGUAUACAUUGGAUUUUUGGCAGGAACGGUGGUUGUUGUGUGUUUUUUUUUUAUUUUAGAAUAAUGGUGUCAGUUCAUAUGGAACAGAAACUGUUUAGGUGGCAAAACAACAACAAUGAAUAAGAGUGAGUGUAAAUUGCCAGUAUGAACAGUAUUACCUCAACAUUAACCUGCUGAUAACGAUCGAUGUUCAGACCUGUUCAGUGUUCAGCCACGAGACAACACGCAGCCUCAUCUGUUGUGCUGUGGAAAGAUAAUGGUACUGUCAUCUUCUUUCCAUGUUGACUGUGGUCUGUGUGGAACACUUUGAGUCGUGGACGUGUGGAAAAACACAUGUUUGUUUUUGUGUUUGGGGGUCAUCACAGUGUCUGUAACCACAUGGCUGACUGUUUAGUUUUUUUGAUAUGCAGCCCCAUUAGGAAUGAUGUAAACGACGGUGGCAUAUGUGUGGUCCAAGGUCCAGCAAUAUUUAUUACACAGCAAUAGUUAUUUGAAAAACAACAACACUUUGUUCAAGUCAUUCGACUCAUCUGUGACCUCGCCGUUUUUUAGCCUGUGGAUCAGUGAAAUGCAUCAUGUUCUGAUGACGACACAUGACUACGUGUCCUGAUGAGUUGAUUUUAUUAUUAUUAUUAUUAUUAUUAUAAUAGUUUUUUGGGGUUUUUUUAAAGCUGAAAGUGACCCAGGGUGCUUUUUACGUAUUGUGCCAGAAAAAAACUGAUUUCGUAGGAGAAGUCUUGCAGUGACUUUUCUCUUCUGAACAGAAAAAACCACUUACCUCAUGCAGUACCUCAUUAGUAACACUAACACGGACUCGGUUUCAUCUUCAAAAAGAAAAAAAGGACAAAAAAAAGAAAAGUAUCAGUUAUUGUGUAUAUAUUGACAAAUGUAAAGGGUUUCUUCCUUUUCAUGUGUGAAUCCUGUGAAAGCAAAGUCUUUGUUUCUGAGUUACAGUCGACAUAUUCAUUUCUUCUAGUGUGAACGGAUGUUGGACUGAAUCGUGAGACUUUCCCUGUUUAUGUGAACUUGUGUGUGUGCGCGCGCGUGUGAGGGUGGAAGUGUCGUCAGUUUCACUAAAACAGUCUGAAUGGAAACUUAUCUGUGAGUUGAAAUGCGUAGAAAUAUAAAGUAGAUGAGAAUACAUUCAUCUUUUUGUAUAAUAAAAUAAAGACACACUGAUUAACCAUGAAAA